AAAGCAUGAUCGCCUUAAUUCGAAUUGGCAUCAUUUUCUUCAUCUUUGUUUCGUGCGUCCAUCUACGAGACCUCUGUUCUUCGUACUUUACAUUUUCACACUGGCUGCAAAAACAGUCGAUUAAAGAUGCAAGAAAAACUGAUGAAUUCACCUCAGCGACUGUGAUAGCGUGUGCAUUAAGGUGUAACACGAAAAGCCACUGCGAUAUUGUGACCUUCAACAGAGACUCUAAGCGAUGUUCUCUUUAUCAAAACAAGGGAAAAGACUGCACUGAUAUCCAUGCCAGCGACGUAGAUGCAAAUCUAAGAAUUGUGACCCUGAGAAAGGUUUCAAUUCUUUCCGUGAGCGAAAAUCUAAAGGGAAGCUGUGCUUCUGGUAUUAAUAACGAUGAUGAUAACGAUUUUCAUUCAAAUUCUGGCUCACGUGGUUUCGCCUUUUCAUCAACAACAGACGAUCAAACAAUGGGGGCUUCAUGUGCUGAUAUCCUACGACAAAAUAGCUCAAGCCCAAGUGGUUUUUACAACAUAACAACGAAUGAAAAUACGUGGAGAACAUAUUGCAGCAUGAGGAGACUUCCCGGAUGUGGCGAUGGAGCCUGGACACUUGUUAUGCGAAUCAAUGGAUCAAAGAACACCUUUGCGCAUGAUUCCCCCCGGUGGGCCAGUAAAUCCUCUUACCAAACAGUAGACAGAGUGGUAGAAGCCAAACUCCCUGGUUACUGGCUUAGUUCGUUCAACAAAAUCUGCGUCAUCAUGAAAUUUUCAUCCAACGUUAAGGUCGCCACACUCUUAAACCACAACGCCAGCUCACUUCAUGCAGCUUUAAACGCGGGAAAGAAAAAGAGAUGGAGGGGAGAACUGUCCAACAUAACGCAGCCUUUCUGGUUCUCACCCAGCAUAAAUACCAACUGUUUGGAACAGGGAUUCAGCCUAUUUUCUCUCCUUCCAAUAACAGGAGUUAAAACACGUGUUGGAAUACAGUCCCAGACAAGCAUCUGUCCCCUGCCAUAUUUGGUGCGAGGUUUUGGUUUUGGAUAUCAGCACCCUAAUCAGCUAAAUAAGGAGAUUAGUUGUGGGGAUAUUAUUAGCGAGCCAUUCGGUACAAAUACGUAUCCUGCUUUCUGUAGUAUCUACGUUCAGUAGUGAUGUGAGGUAAAUAGCUCUUUGAUGUUGUAAAAGCAAAAUCGUUGAAAAAUCAAAACUAAUUGUAGCGAAGGUUAAAUAUUACAAGGAGCCGAUGAGAACUCAAAGUAAAAUGAAUGCUACCAGUCCUUAUCUGAUUAGUUUAAAUGGUGGCAUGAGCUUCAAGAUCUAUUCAAAAGCGGAGAAAGUUAAAACCCAAGCGAACCGUAUUACGCUAAAUUGAUAAUUGAUUUACUAACGGCGGAAGUCGGAAUGAAGUCAGCUCCAUUUCCUCUCCCAACUAUCCUAACCAAUUUAAAGAUGUCAUAAACGCCUGCAUGAGCUUCAUGCUGGCUCUUUUAAUUGCUAUCGCGUCUAACGGGUUUAUCACGUCAUCCAUGUUUAAAGACAGCGAGACACAAGUGAAAACCAUGCAAGUAGAUCUAGGUUUAUAUAGCCGCUUUGAUUACUUUAGAACAAUGAUAAACCAAAUUAAGGAUUUGUCAGAAACCACAGACAUGAAAAUAAACCAAAGAGGCAUUUCUUUCUUGAGAUCAAAUGACGGGAUAGGUCACAGGGAGCCCAGACAAGCGACGAGUCUGGUUAUUUAUUCGAAAUAUAAAGGAAUGUAUGGGA